AUGUUCCCUCCGUUCAAUGGGGGGAUCUGGUCUCCACCUCAGUGGUCCGCCUCAUCUGGGGACAGUAACACGGGUGACAACCACGCUGAGAUACUUGCUCUUCGUAAGCAUAACCAGCUCCUCGUCGCCGAGCGCGAUAUGGCCAUUCAGAAGAUUCAACAGCUCACUGCUAUGCCCCUUACAACUGUGGACCUCAUCAUCAAGGGCAAGGUCGAUUAUCUCCGGAUGAACAAGCGCAGCGACUUCGAGCUUGUUAACUGCCUUGUGUCAACCAUCUCACAGGAACAGUUCAACCUCAACAUACCACCUAAGGGACUCAAGGAAGCCACAAUUACCCUGGGGCAGAAAUCCCUUGGGCAGCCAAAGUUCGCCGUCUACACCCAGUACUUGGUCAAGAUGAUCACUGAACAGGCCAAGUCCCUGUGCCUGACGUCGAACGGUAACCACCUCUGCCAGCAGCUCCUGGAAAAGUGCGACAGCGAGGACAAGCUCAAUUUCAUCAAGCAGAUAGAGGAGGACAUGUUCGCCAUCGCCAACGACAUGUUCGGAGUCCACGUUCUCGUUAAGGCUAUCGGCGUUAGGGAGCUCGAGAUCCUUGAGGACCUUCCCCGUGUGGCUACGAACGAAUUCGGACACUAUCUCAUUAAAAGAUUUCUCGGCCUGGAGCCGAUGUUCCAUGCCGCGAUCUUCACGGCUUCUAUGUUCAAUGCUCUCGCCCACUCCAUCCUGACCUGCUACCCGCCUCUUGCCACCAACUACUACGGUGUUCGUUUCGUUGAGACGGUCAUUGACUCAAACCGGUUGCUUCAGCGCGCCAAUGCCAUCAAGUAUCUCAACUCUCUCUGCUCUCAGAAGGACGGACGUAUUCCGGCCAUAGUCGAUGUCGCCAACUCGUCUGUUGGUCGCGGUCAUCUUCAGUUUGUCCUUCGCCACAUGCCGCGUCACGGUGACGGCGGCCUUAUGAGCCGCGUCCGCAGCACCUGUCGCCAGUUCCAGACGACCCUGCGCAACUCUCAGAGUGGAAACGAGCUCCUGCGUAGACUCGGCGUCAUCAAUACGCCUGCUCGCCGUUUCUAA